UCGCGACAGCUGUUUGUUUCCAUGGAGCCGAUAGAAGCUAAAAGCUCGCUUUACGGAUUAGCUAGCUAACAGCUAUUUAGUUAGCCUGUCGUUGUUGUUUUUGUUGUCACGCGGCUUUCAGCAUGUCAGGACCAAACAGCGACAAUCUCGAGGCUUUGUUUUCAUUUGAGCUUUUGGUGGAAUGUAUCCGAGUCGAGAAAGAAAGUCAAGUGUCCGACGAGCUGGCUCUUGGGGUACGACUGCUGGAUUUUCCAACGCUGCUCAUCUAUCAGCCUCAGCCUCAGCCGAGCGGUGGUGGCUUUAACCAACACGGCCAUGAUGGGAAGGACCAGCAGGGAGAAUACUCCUUUAACAGAGGGAAGUCUUGUUUCUUCACAAUGAAGCUGAACUCACUGCAUACCAAUUUAUCCAGCACCCCUCUCUAUGUUAUGGUGUUGGAUGUGAAAGAGGAGAUCCCCAAAUUAGUCGGUACCUCACUCAUCUCACUGGCAAAAGCGAUGGACAGAAUCAGUCAGGAUGUGAGGGAACAUGGAGUCUCUCGUCCCUCGUCUCAUGGUGAAAGGGGGGUUGUUGGUAUAUGCAACCUCGCGGGGGAGAAAAUUGGAUCCAUCUCCCUGAGUUACAAACUGCUGAGUCUAGGAGCUGGUUUACUACCACGUAUCACAGAGACGGGUCUGAAAAGCACCAGUGUACAUAGAGGAGAACAUAUACAUCCUCCUGACUGUGGGAAUGUCUGCUCAACCACACCGGACAAGUCUGACGUUAGCAGAAACAUCCAAAACAACAAACCCUUGAAUGAGAAUACCGUAAUAAAUGAGGAUAAACGGGACAGUGGUGUGUGUGUUGCCGUGCAGGCUGAACACAAAAUAAGCAGCCCAAUGCCUCAGAAUCUCAAAGAAACGGAAAACAACUAUGACGAAGAUUUAACUAUAUUUUGUCCGCCUCACCUCUUCUACAAUAGUUCUGCAGAGGAAAAAAACAAAAAGGAAGCAGGGGAUUGCACGUUAGCGAAUCUAGACUCGGAUGCUUUUACAUUUGAAGACACGUAUUCAGAAGAAGAGUCAAGUGAAAAUAAAAUAGAAAAUACAAGAUCUCCAAUGAUGGACCGGAGAGUAAGACAAGAAAAAACUCCAAGAAACCCAGAAACAAGUGAGGAGACCCCAAAUGUCCUCGGGGAGGCCUUGCGACAGUUGCCUCUGCUAAAUGCUCUUGUUGUUGAGCUGUCCCAGUUGAAUGGACAGAACCCACAGCAGCCCUUGUCUGUUCAUCCCAACCUCUCUUGGAUUUACAGGCCUGCUUCCACAGAGCCCUCUGCUGGGUAUGGAAACACAUCGCGAAGGGAGUUGUUGCAGAAAACUGGGCAGGGAACUAGUCCCCACUUUAAGCAUGUGCAUUCCCCCAGAUACCGCUCUACACCAGUAGUUAGGCCUGCAUCUGUAAAAGCCAAAGACAAACAACAGGAGGCUUUGGUCGAGAGUAAAAGCUCCAGUAAAUCUCCCGGGAAGAAGCUUGUUUAUGGUACAACUAAAACGUUCAAUCUGAGGCUGAAGCAAAUCUCUCCUCUUAAAGUAACACGUCGUGAAUGCACAGCCUUAAUACAGAAUGAAACAGUGUCACGUAUGGCCAAAGGGAAGACAAAGUCAAGUAAUAAGACUGGGAAGUCCAGCAAAGGAAAAUCAGAGAGCAGACCUCAAAAUCAGAGCUCCAGUCUAAAUGAAAAUGUAGAGACAAUGAUGCAAAGCAUCACAGUGGACUCUGUUCUGCAAGAAACUAUCACACUAAAACCAAAAGCCCUGCGUGGGAGAGUUCAUGGUAAACAAGACAGAGACCCCCCGAGAAUUUCACAAACACCUUCCCUUUCUGAAAGAGACUCGCAAUGCAUUCACAUCCCCAGUGUGGAUGGUGAUAAUGUGGGCCAAAACAAAGACGAGACGGAGCAUCACAUUGAAUCAAAUCAAGUCAAGUCUCAGGCGGAAGCUGACGGGCGUAGGGAGAAAGUUGUGUCUCCAGGAAGCAGCGGACACAGCAGCCCCAAAUCUUCAUUUUCAGACUCCAGCGGGGAAGGAGACGAGGAGGCGGACUACGCCGAUGACUUUAACAGCCUCGAGGCCAGUGAUGCCUACUCCCCUGACCCCAUGAGCAGCCCAGAGUCCUCUAGAGCCAAGACCACCCGCUCCCCUGUCCCCCUGGACUCUUGCAACUCUGACCGUUUCCAGAGGAGAGCGGUCCUCCCCGUGCCCGUCAAAGCCCCCAGCUCUCCACAGCGCGCUCUGAGGGGUACGCGCAUCAUCCGACCUCGAACCCACGCCUCGGCCCUCAGCUUCUCCUCCGAGGACGGCGACGGGGACGGGUCGGCCUCCUUGCAAACCAUAUGCUCCAGAAAAACAGUCGCGACGGACAGUAGUAGGGUGGAAAGGAGCUCCAGCACCGACGCUUUCAUGUCGUCAAGAGGUCAAAGGUCAGCCAAGAACAACGGUCCCGUUGGAGGGUUUUCUGCAGAAUCGGUGUCCUCCUUUGAACCGGUGGAGGUGGAGGAACUGGAGGAUGAGCUCGGAUCUCUGGAUUUCAAAAAGGAGUAUCGGCAUAUAUCUGAGCUAGUGGCCAACAAACUCCCUGGUUACACGAUGUAAAGAGAAAAUAUAGAACUCCACAUUAUGGUAACAUCAAGGCUACACUAUCUCCCCUAAUCGAGUUAAACGGAUGAGUAGUGUUGUAGUGUACAAAUCCAGGAAAUGUGUAUGUGUGUAAGUUUUCCUUUCAGGUAUGAUAACUGUCAACUUUUGAAUAAAGACGAGCUUUUCGUGGAAAUAAUGUGAUCAUUUUACGUCUUAAUCCCUCAGUCACUCAGUCACUUAAUCACUUUAGGCUACUGGACAUUUGCAUAAAUUAUUUUUAAGUCUUUUAGUGACAUAUAUGAGGAUGGAAAAUGUCUCUGUGCACAACGUUUAUGCAAAGCGUUUCACAGAAUAAGCUCUUAUUUCCAGUCAAGGUGUCAC